ACAAUCUAAACCAAUAUGGAAGACAAAAUGAUAAUUUUGACAGCUACCGCAAUAUUUUUCUCGGUUUUCACCACUCGAGUAACAGGCGUUGCCCCUGACGUGGAUGAAAGGUUUCUCAAUGUGUACAAACAAGGAAAAUGGCUGGUUGAGUUCUAUGCCCCAUGGUGCGGACAUUGCAAGAAACUGGAGCCGAUAUUCAACAAUGUGCACAACAUUCUUCGCAACACAGAGGUGAAGGUGAUUAAGAUGGAUGCGACACGAUUCUCACACGUUUCCUCUCAGUUCGAUGUACGAGGAUUCCCAACUAUAAAAUUUUUCAAUGGGGAGAAAAUAACCACAUUUAGAGGAGAGAGGACACAGGAAGAUUUACUUGCCUUUGUGGAUAAAGCAAAAGGGCCUCCAGUGCGAUGGUUGUACAGUGCCGGAAAGCUUUCUGAUGUCCGAGCUUUACAUGCCAAGGAUGUUUUCUACCUCUUCGUCGGAGAAAAUGAUCCAGCUGAUGACUUGCUUGUGAAGUAUUCCAGUAUCGCUGAUGAUCAAGUAUCCCUGGCCUACUUCUACGCUGGCAGCAAAAACAUUUUACCUCAGGAUGUUUCUGUGACAUCCACUCCUUCUGUUCUUGUGUUCAAAGAUGGGACUGUUUUUGAAUAUGAAGCGCCACGAGGUGUAGCCACCAUGAGUUCGCUGCAGAAAUGGAUCAACGGAGAACGUUACCCAGCAUUCCCUCUUAUAUCUGGUGGCAACAUAAAUGAGAUGGCUGACACAGGAAAAUUCCUCGUGAUUUUUGUCAUUGAUGAAAAUGGUGCAGAAAAAAUGAAGGAGAAUAUAAGAGUGAAAGAAUUGGGCAGACAUAUGGCCAACAAUGAAAGAGAAACAUAUCACAGUGAUUUCCAGUUUCUAUGGAUGUCCGAGCCAGAGACGGUGAACAACAUAAUGUUGACAUUUAUUCAGAUGCCAUACAUAAUGGUUCUCGACCCGACAGUACAUCUGUACUACAUUCCUGAUCUUCCGGCCUCCGAAAUUGAUGCCCCAACCCUACACCGGUUCUUACUGGACGUGAAGUCAGGAAAAACAACUGCCUAUGGUGGGACCAGUUUUUUCCAGAGGUUAAAACGCCUGUUUUACGAUAUCCUAGUCACAGUCAUAGAAGUUUGGCAGUCGUCUCGUUGGCUGUUCCUGAUAAUGUUCGGGAUCCCAACCGGCGUGAUAUCAAUAGUGUGUUACAGUCUGUGUUGUAUGGACACAGUCGAUGAUGAGAUACAGAGCGAUGAGGAAGAUUCAGACGAUGAAUAUAGGGAGCUUGUUUUAGAACAAAAAAGAUUGAAAGAAGCAGAAGAGAAGGCAAAGAAACACGAAAAAGGUGAAUGACCACGAUGGUGCCUAGUUAUUGAAGGAUUUAUCCAGACUUUCAGGUCUCUGCAAGAUUGUGUAUUAUUGGGGGACAGGGGUCGGUUUAGUAAAGGUAUUACUGUCUCAUCAGUUUUUUGAAUGAGAUCAGGAUUGGUGAUUAGCUUGGAAUUUUCAUGUCCAGAAUUGAGUUUUCUAGAUUUAAAACUGAACAACAAACAAAAUUUAUGCCGAAAAAAAUCGACACAAUUGUAUGGUGCUUUGAUAUAUUCAUAAAUACUAAUCUGUAUGUCAAGAGCAACUGCUCUACAUAGUAAAGCAUAGUAAUUGUUUAGGAAAUUAAAAACUUAGAUCGAUGAUUCCUCAGCAAGAAAAAAACAAGACUUGAUAGUAAGACUUACCAACCAAUCAUAUGCUAAAAAUAACUAACCAAUCAUAAUUAUGCUAAAAAUAACUAACCAAUCAUAUACUAAAAAUAACCAACCAAUCAUAUGCUUAAAAAGUUCAAACUUUUACUUGGAAGCAAAUGUUUCUAGGAACCUAGAUAUGUUGUAAUCAAGUAUUUUUAAGAGCAGUAAGGAUCAAUUUAAUGACGUAUUAAAACCAUAUUGAAAUCCUUCACGAUCGUUGCUGUAUUCAGCGUUAGCAUGUUGAAUAAAAAUGUACAUUUUUAAAUUUUUAUGUACAUAAAUUUAAAUUAAAUAAAAAAAAUUGUAAAUGUAAAGAAGUUACCUGCAAUUUUUUUUUUGUAGUUCAAUUUUUACUGAUUUAUAAAAUAAGAACUUACAAGUAAUCUGAUUUGAUUUGAAAAAUUAAAAUCAUCCGUAAUUUAUGUAGUGAAGAUUUUCAGCAUUAAAUGGAUGUCCAUGUGUGUAGUGUCUUUUGAAAAUAUGUUGUAAUAUUUUAAUCCUUGACAGAAAAAAAAUGUUCAAAGACAGAUGUUAGAGGAUUGGUAAAAGUGUCAUAUAGGAUUAAUAUCAUUGUUUUUAAUUUUGUGCAAAUUUUUAAAUUAAAAAAAAACGAUGGAGUUAUUUGAAACCACUUAAUACAUUGCAUUUCAUGUUGUAAUUACAAAACUAUUAUUCAGCAGUAAAUUAAUGGAUUACUUUAUUUGUUUGUUUUUGUCAGAUUACAUUAUUGUCUGUGCUAUUUUUGUUAAACUUUCACAAGCAACAAUAGAAAUCAUCUCAAAUUAACAAUUUGGACAAUAUUUAGAACAAAUUUUUGUUGUCGGUAAUCAUUUUUCAUUUAUAUAAACAUGUGAAUGUCUGAUUAUUGUUUAUAUUUGUUUAUUUUCAUUUCAGGAUUCCAUUUCCAUAAGUUUUGCUCAUUGUUAUUAUCAUGAAGUCAUAAUAAUUAUCAUGGUGUCAAAUAAGCAUUCAGUGUUCUUUAUGAUACACCUGUUAACUAGGCAAAAUAACUUAUCUUUAUAUGAUGGAAUGAUUGUAAACAUAUGUGUAUGUGUUGAAAGCUUGUCUGUUUUUUGAAGUCAUAUUGUUGGUGUUGGUGGCAGAAUCAUGCAGACGGCCAUAACUCAUUAUUUUUUUAAUGAUAUUACAAAUCAUGUAAUUUGUUGCAUCUGUUUAUAAUACAUGAUGUAAGUACCAUUUCUCUCCUAUACCAGCAGAAAGAAGUAUCUGUACCAUCACUGGCUCACAUAUAAUAGAAUAAACUAACUGUCACAAUUUUGCUUUUAGAUAUUAAAUAUUUAUUAAGUUUGUCGAGUGUCAAUGCCAUCGGGAGAUGUUCCUCUGUAUCAAUGUUUUUUCGAUUUUUUGGAAAAUCAUACUGAACAAAAUAAUCCCGAAAUGUUUGCAGAUAAUUUCUGACAAAUUUCUUAUUAGGCAUUUAUUUUUUUCUGCUUGUUUACUAUUAAGUUUGAGUGAUGCCCUUGCAUUUAUUUUUUUCUGCUAGUUCAGCAUUAAUUUUGAGUGAUGCCCUUCAUUAACGGAGAAAAACAGACAAGCCUUGAAAUCUUUUUGCUGUGCUCGUGUUUGUUGUAUGAUGUAUUUGAUUUGUUUGAUGAUGUGCUACCAAUCUUCAGUGCAAUAUAUGUUUUAUAAUCCAUGUCAUUUCAAAGCGAAAUAGAGAUGUACAAACAAUACUACUUAAAGGCCUUAUCAUUUACUCCUCAGUUAGUGAAUGACCUAAGGAAACAAAUAUACUUGUAUCUCAAUUGGUAUAUUGAGUUAUUUGUUACAUUUAAGUUACAAUGUUCUUGAUAGCAUUUACAUACAAUUUGAAUUAAAGAAAAAUAAUAUUGAGCCCAUUAGUUGCCAACAGUUAAGAGACCAUCAAAAUUGAAUGAUUGUAGUAAAUCUGUAUCCUGGAGCGAAACCAACAAAAAUUUGAGAUAUUUACAUGUGAAUAUGACUCACUUGAGUAGAAUACACUAAAUUCACCCAAACUUAUAGCUGAAUACAUGUGUUUAAAAGUUAAGUUGGAGUAAGACGCCCAAUCUUCUACAAGAGCAAUUGCACUGCCAGUGAGUGUAAAUUGGUGCUUUUUAGUGUUUCCGAACAAAGACUUGAACAUGUAUGCAUGACACCACCACAUUUGAUCCUUUAGGACCUUUCAAAUAACACGCUAGUCUUGCGCAAUGUGGCCAACCUGUUAGCCAAUUAAACAAGAUUAAAGCCAGUGCAACUUUUAAAUUGAUGUGGAAGGCAUUUCCAAAAUUCAUUUCCGUUACUCAGCCAAGUCAUAUCUCAUUUUUACAAUAUAAUGGUCUAGAAAUCCAGCAUUGCUCACAUAAUCCAUAGCUACCAAAAAAGGACCACGAAGAGUGUCAUACUCAGGGACACACAAAUCACGAAACAUUAUUUCUUUGUUGUUCAACCGGUCACGUCCCAGUAAAAUAAUACCACAGAUUUUUUUCACCAAAAAAAAUUUAUGAAGGCAAAAACAAUGUUUGGUAUUUUCCAACAGAUCUAAUAAAGCAAAAAUCUGGUUUAUAAUGUUCAGUGUUUAUAAAAAAAUUGACAUAUCUGCAUUAAGAAACUGUCCAUAUGCAGUUUACAAACUCCUGACCUCUGGUGCUUGACAACAUUUGCAAUACGGGAGUAAUUAUUUAAGGAAUGAAUUGCGGGGUUGAUGUCACGCAAUUGGGCUAGUCAAAGUGUGUGGAGUCCGAAUUGCGUUCAUAUCCCCGAUAAUGACAUCAACCCCACAAUUCAUUACUUAUAUUUACACCAAAAGUUCAGUAUUUCAUUCAAGAAUAGUUGAAAAAAUACUUCAUUUCAUUUUAGAAAACUUUUCAGUAAUCUUUUCUUACCCAUUCUGUAAAUAGAACGACCCGACUGUAACCAGAAACAUUUUUUCAAAUGGCAUCACAAUAAUGCGGGUGAAGAUCAACCACUUGAAAUCACUUUUAAACAUAAAUAAAGAAACACUUAUGGCAGCAAUACAUUUAAAAUAUACUAAAUUAACACUUUCUAAAAUGUUGAUGUAUAUUUUACGGGACCUGUUGACACAAUACAAACACUAACAAGAUCAAUAAUUUUCAUGUAUAUUGUUAAGCGAUGAGUUGCGUUCAGUACAUAUCCGAAGUUGUUGCGUUUAUCGAUUGAUAAACACAAUUGCCGAAAGUUGUAAAUAUUCUCCUCUAAAUCCAAUUCUUAGGCAUACUUCACACUUAUUUCAUGUUUUCAAAUGUCUCAUUCUUCUCAAUUUAGUGGAUUGGAAGCGUGGUUUUAUUUCUAUCGUAAUGGUGGAUACCAAUAAUUACCUCCUUGUCAUGCACUGCUAAGACUACAAGAUGAGAAUAUUUAUUCUUUAAACCAUAUAAAACUAGCAACUAUGCCAAAGAAAGCAAUUUGAAUUAAUUUCUGUAAUUCUGCUGGACAUGUUAUUACUUUCACAUGUUAAACAUACUUUGCUUUGUGUCUAAUAUCGCAUGGUUUACAAUAACCAUUGCUCUUUUCACAAUCCAUAAAAAAUCAGCUAUGUAAACAAACGUCGUGGCUUUCUUAUUUGACAUUUUACACUGCGUCCUAUAUAUGGUAUUUAACGUUUGAAGUAUUAUUUCUCGACUUUUUUCACAUAGUUGUUUGCCUGCAUCACCUUUGGAUGUAUCCUAUAAGAAACAGUUACGGUACUUUAUACAUAACAGUUAAAUCUAGUGCAGGGUGUAUUUUUUAUUCUUUAUUUCAACUCGUAUCGGAUGUGAAUGACAAAUUUAGCAAAAUUGUAAAGCGUGUUUGUAAUACAUUUGUAUUUUAUCAGUAUAAGAAUAACUUAUUCUUCAUCUAUACAUUAAACCCUUUAAAAUAUUAUAGGGUCACUAGGCAUAACAAAUUUACAUGACUGUACAUGGUAGUUUAUGUGUCAUUUUUCUUUUUAAUGAACACCAUUUGAUAAAUGAACGUUAAACAAACAAAAAUAACUGAAUGACAUGACUGUGUAUUUCAUGUUUUAUUUUCUAAAAUGAUUUUGUUAACUUUUUUUUUAAUUAUGGGUUUAGAAACCAAACAUUAAGCUCUGAAUUAUGUGUGUUUUAUCCAAUUACAGUAAUUGAUAGGGUGAUUGUGCAAGCUUAUUUUGUUGUGUGUUGAAUAUUGUAAAAUUGAACAACUCUAUAUCAUGUGUCUUAUGAAAUGUACCUAGUCGUUGUUGCUCAACAGAGAAUAAAUAUGUAAAAAACA